AUGUCGCAGCCUCGGCGGCAAGGUAGCGAUAAUACCAGCGUCAACCAGCUACCUGCACCCCUUCCUAUUCCGCCUGCAUCCAAGCACCCAGUUUUGACUCACCCGCCACUGUCAAGCGAUUUAAUUCCUCGCGAUUACCUAGGCCCCCGACCUGACGGACAGGCCUUACGUUCUGGGGCCAUUGCUCCCCCCCGCAAGUCUAUGCUAUCGCCCCUACAUACGAACGUGCACCUUCCAUCACCCCGACAAGUCAGCGCCAGCCCAUCCCAAAUUCCGCUCUCUCCGCGAUCAUUUGGUAAUUCUUCCCCGUGUCAGAACAACUCUACGAUAAGCCAUCUAGCACAUGCGACUACUUCGACCCCUCCAGCUGAUACUCAUUCACGAGCAUCCAGCGGAUCGGAAGCAGUUGUGAGGGACCCUUGGGAUAAUCUCAAGCAGUAUGAUAUGAAUCCGAAAAUGAGUGAUAACCAGACGCAACAAGUCCCAGAUCCUGCAGACUCCAAUGAGUCCAGGAUAUCUUCUCCUAUCUCGCCAUCCAACUCCUUCCAAUCGACGCCCGGGAAUCGUCCGGGUCAGCGUAUGAUGCCUCGCACCUCCUCAAUUGAUUCGGCAAUCUCAUCGCUUUCGUCUGCUUCACAAACUCACAAGUCUUCGUUCGACGCCAAUGCGCUUAGCCAGGCCGAUAUUGGAAACCUGAUCGCCACUGCAGGAUCGGCCGAGGCUGUGAUUAUACAUCUUCUAAAGGAAAAGCAUAAUGCGGCAUCUCAGAAUUCACAGCUCUGGAGGUUGGUUGAUAAGCAGAGAACACUUAUUCUUGGGCUGAACAAAGAUCUCGAGCGCGCAUUAAAGGAAAAGGAACGCUACAGGAAGAAAGUGAAGGAAUUACAGAGCUCUCCACCACCUUUGCCAUCAACUGACGAAUCAAAACUACGAUUGCGAAACACUGAAAGCAGUGGCACUCUGACCAGCCAUGGACCUAGCCGGAAAACCCAACCGCAUAAUCGAGGACUGCCUUCGAACAGCAAAGACUCGGCCAGUCAGGGACGUGAUUUCACACAAUUGCACUCUACCAUUGCCGAAAGGCAAGACUCGGCUUCUCUACAAGGCCUCGGUGUCGGCGAGUUACCUCUUGGGCUAGACAGAGAACACCCAACAACCCCCAUCAUGUAUCAUGAUCGGCAAGCCGAAGCACAAGAGAAUCAGGCAUUGGUUUAUUCCCGACAAGAACUGUCCACCGCAAGUCCAACCUCCUCAACGGAUCUUGCAACACCAGAACCUGAUGUUUUUGACUCUGACUCUGAAUAUGAGGAUAUCUUAGCUGCGGAUGAGUUUCCAGUGGAACGCGGGAGGAGAAGGACAAGAGAUGACGAUGAUCGAGAACGUGAGGCGGCCCUCACCAGAGAAAAAGAGGUACUGCAAAAUCCCGGAAGUCAGGGAAGCACUGUACAUAAUGUGGCGGCUGUGGAAUCACCUUCAGACCCGCGGCAGGCACUACCGUCAUUUGACUAUUCCGAAUCCCCCGUGUCCAGUCCUCGUAUGAGACAUGCAGGACCAUUCGGCGGCCUCCCUGUUAUCAGUAUCCCAAAGAGUCCCGGGUUGCCAGUCAGCCCGAGGCCCGAAGACCGUCCGCUAGGCUCUCCUUUGCCACGCCUACCUAGGGAAGCCCCCGGUUUCUUACCUAUGUCAUCAGAAAGUAACCUUUCUGGGCUGGCUCUCUCACCCCGUCUUGGCCACUAUCAGGCUCCGUUCUCCAUGAGUACUGCCUCUACGACGGCAGCCAACGGUGCUACAUAUGCUUCUAUGCCCGUUGAUGCUCACAAUCGUCCUAUACCGUCAAUUGAUGCGACUGUUAGGGUAGACACCCCACAUGAAUCAGUCGUGAAGAAUAACGGUAUAUAUCACGGUUUAGUUUCGGAUGAGUUUCCGAAUCUACUGCUACCCCCCAACGCCCUUCCUUCCAUAUAUGUGAAGGUCUCGUCAUCACGACUUCGGCCAUCUAGAAACAGUUACAUGGCUUCCAGGCCAUCGGAGGAUGAACCAGUGUUCACGUUAGGCGUUUUUUCAAGGUCCGACAAUACAGAGCUUUGGCGGACCGAAAAGGUUGUCGCAACUCUUCCCCAGCUCGAUCAACAGAUACGGCUUCUAUCGACUUUCGGGGGAAGGUUGCCUGAUCGGUCUAUAUUCAGCGGUAAUUCUCCCGCCAAAGUUGACACACGACGUGCUGCAUUGAAUGCAUACUUUGAGGCUCUCCUUGACACCCCGAUGGAUGACAAGGCGGCGUUGGUCAUAUGCCAAUUUCUAUCAUCAGAUGCUAUUGAACCUCGAGACGAUGAGAUGAGUUUACUGAAAGGAAACCAUCAAACUGGAGCUGAAAUCCUACGUGGUCCGAAUGGAAAACCCAGGAAGGAGGGUUAUUUAACGAAAAGGGGAAAGAAUUUUGGCGGCUGGAAAGCACGAUAUUUCGUCUUACACGGUCCUGGGCUGAAAUAUUACGAGUCUCCCGGUGGCCCUCAUCUUGGGACGAUUAAACUCUAUAACGCCCAAAUUGGGAAGCAGUCGCAGAGUGCAAGCGGUCGGACUAGCUCACCUUCUCGCAGUGAAGAGGACUCAGACAAUCAAUACCGUCAUGCGUUCCUCAUUUUAGAGCCCAAACGCAAGGACUCUUCGGCUCUUGUUCGCCAUGUCUUGUGCGCUGAGAGUGAUGAAGAUAGGGAUGCUUGGGUUGACGCACUUCUGGAAUAUGUCGACGGCCAGUCAGAGAUUGAUGGCAUUAAUAAUAGCUCCUCAAAGUCUUCGUCGUCAACAGCAGGGAAGCAGCAUGCUAACGCCGUUGCCAAACCCAAAUUAUUUCCUAAUAAUGGAAACAAGAAGGCAGAAAAAGGGACCGACAAUUCAGACAUAGAAGGCUCUGAUACGGUCCAAGGAUUCAGUUAUGAUGAUGCUGUUCCGGCUGAGCCACCCGUCCUGGGACCAUCAUCCGAACAACAGAUCCCCAAAUCCCCUGUUCUCUCCACCGGGCCUUCGGUGGAUUCUGGAGAUUCCGGCCAAGACCAUGGUCAGUUCUCAUCAAGAUUCAUCUCCGGACCCACCAACGGAACAGUAAUCCAAGAUGCAGGGGCCUGGGGUAACAAAGCAGCUACGAGCGUUAAGGAGAAGAAACGCAGUAUUUGGGGGUUUCGUACAAGGUCAUCGUUCGAUCUUGCUUCUCAGCUCCAGGCUAGCCACGAUUUCUCAACAUCCCACGGUAACAACAAUGCGGAGAAACGAGAAAUUGUGAGGCCAGUUUUUGGCUUACCAUUGGCCGAGGCUGUACAGUUUUGCGCGCCACAGGGAGUCAACGUCGAUCUCCCAGCGGUUGUUUAUCGUUGCAUAGAAUACCUCAAAGCUAAGGGAGCAGAGUCGGAAGAGGGUAUUUUCCGGUUAAGCGGCUCGAAUCUUAUUGUUAAAGCACUCAAGGAGCGGUUUAAUACGGAAGGUGAUGUGGACUUCCUCGCUGAUGACCAGUAUCACGAUGUGCAUGCUGUCGCCUCCCUUUUCAAACAGUACCUUCGCGAGCUGCCCACAACCGUCCUGACUCGUGAACUUCACUUGGAUUUCUUGCGUGUACUUGAGCUUCAUGAAAAGCAAAAGAAGAUUGCCGCAUUUAAUUUUCUUGUCCAUCGACUUCCGAAGCCAAAUAUGACAUUGCUGCGGGCAUUGGUCCAGUUCUUGAUAGUUAUUGUAAACAACUCCGAUGUCAACAAAAUGACCAUCAGAAAUGUUGGUAUCGUCUUUGCUCCUACAUUGAACAUCCCAGCACCCGUCUUUUCAAUGUUUCUCACCGACUUCGAUGACAUAUUCGAUGGGACGCCAAAUAUCAGUGCUGAGCAGUCAGAGUCGAACGUCAACAAUCCUACUUCCCCUGAAGAUUUACGCUAUCCCCAUCGGCAGAUUGCCUCGGAUAUGCCCACCCCGGGUUAUAGUCAAGCGAUAUUCAGCGAACAUAUGGGCUCUGUGGAAGACGCCUAUCUUCAGAACAGUAUAAGCUCGAUGUCGAAGCAGCCAAGCUAUGAGCGGUUUGCUGGUAGCGGGCCAGAGGAAUAUAGCCUUGGCCACGCAAAUUCACCAUCCUUGAAUAGGAUGUUGACACCGAACAUCGAUAGUUCUCGCUCGGCAAAGGCGAAAAGGAGAGAAAGUUCUCUCCUAUUCAUGGAGGUCAACCAUCAGGACUUCUCUGCUUCGAUUGAUGGUGGAAAUGGUAGGCCGCCCAAAAUAACUCGCUAG